UCUGUUGCUCCGUAAAUAAAACGUCUCACUGCCUUCUGCGAGUGCUAUAAAGGCAGCGGAACCGCGGUCCCUGGGGCAUUCCGGACCGGGCACGAGCCCAAGCAGUUCUCAGGUCAUGGCAGCGACCGGCGGCGGGUCGGAGCCGCUGCAGCUCCCGGAGUACAAGGGCAGCUACGUGGUGUCGCGGCCGGUCUACAGCGAGCUCGCCUUCCAGCAGCAGCACGAGCGGCGCCUGCAGGAGCGCAAGACCCUGCGGGAGAGCCUGGCCAAGGGCUGCAGUUGUUCAAGAAAGAGAGCCUUUGCCGUGCUGAAGACGCUCCUGCCGGUCUUGGAAUGGCUCCCCAAAUACCGAAUCAAGGAAUGGCUGCUUAGUGACAUCAUUUCAGGAGUUAGUACUGGGCUAGUGGGCACGCUGCAAGGGAUGGCGUAUGCUCUACUGGCUGCAGUUCCUGUUGGGUAUGGUCUCUACUCUGCCUUUUUCCCUAUUUUGACAUACUUUAUCUUUGGAACAUCAAGACAUAUCUCAGUUGGACCAUUUCCUGUGGUCAGUUUAAUGGUGGGAUCUGUUGUUCUGAGCAUGGCCCCUGAUGAACACUUUCUCAUAUCCAGCAAUAAUGGCACUGCGUUAAAUACGACCAUGAUAGACUCUGUGGCUAGAGAUGCAGCCAGAGUGUUGAUUGCGAGCACCCUGACUCUUUUGGUCGGAAUUAUACAGUUGAUAUUUGGAGGUUUGCAGAUUGGCUUCAUAGUGAGGUACUUGGCAGAUCCUUUGGUUGGCGGAUUCACAACAGCUGCUGCCUUCCAAGUGCUGGUCUCACAGCUAAAUAUUGUCCUCAAUAUUUCAACCAAAAAUUAUAAUGGAGUUCUCUCCAUUAUCUAUACUCUGAUUGAGAUUUUUCAGAAAAUUGGUAAUACCAAUCUUGCUGAUUUUACUGCGGGAUUACUCACUAUUAUCAUCUGUAUGGCAGUUAAGGAAUUAAAUGAUCGCUACAAACAUAAAAUUCCAGUACCUAUUCCUAUAGAAGUGAUUGUGACAAUAAUUGCUACUGCCAUUUCAUAUGGAGCCAACUUGGAAAAAAAUUACAAUGCUGGCAUUGUUAAAUCCAUCCCAAGGGGGUUUUUGCCUCCGGCCCUCCCGCGUAUGAGCUUGUUUUCGGAAAUGCUGGCUGCAUCGUUUUCCAUUGCCGUGGUGGCCUAUGCUAUUGCAGUGUCUGUAGGAAAAGUGUACGCCACGAAGUAUGAUUACACCAUCAAUGGGAACCAGGAAUUCAUUGCCUUUGGGAUCAGCAACAUCUUCUCCGGAUUCUUCUCUUGCUUUGUGGCCACCACUGCCCUGUCACGCACAGCUGUCCAGGAGAGCACAGGGGGGAAGACACAGAUUGCUGGCAUCGUCUCAGCUGGGAUUGUGAUGAUCGCCAUUGUUGCCCUGGGGAAGCUUCUGGAACCCUUGCAGAAGUCGGUCUUGGCAGCUGUUGUAAUUGCCAACCUGAAAGGGAUGUUUAUGCAGGUGUGUGAUGUUCCUCGUCUGUGGAGGCAGAACAAGAUUGAUGCUGUUAUCUGGGUGUUUACAUGCAUCAUGUCUAUCAUUCUGGGGCUGGACCUUGGUUUACUAGCUGGCCUCAUAUUUGGACUAUUGACUGUGGUCUUGAGAGUUCAGUUCCCUUCAUGGAAUGGCCUUGGAAGCAUCCCCAGCACGGACAUCUAUAAAAGUACCAAGAAUUACAAAAAUAUUGAAGAACUUGAAGGAGUGAAGAUUCUUAGAUUUUCUAGUCCUAUUUUUUAUGGCAACGUUGAUAGUUUUAAAAAAUGUAUCAACUCCACAGUUGGAUUUGAUGCCAUUAGAGUAUAUAAUAAGAGAGUGAAAGCUUUGAGGAAAAUACAGAAACUCAUCAAAAGAGGACAAUUAAGGGCAACAAAGAAUGGCAUCAUCAGUGAUGCUGGUACAUCCAAUAAUGCUUUUGAGCCUGAUGAAGAUAUUGAAGAACCAGAAGAACUUGAUAUCCCAACUAAGGAAAUAGAGAUUCAAGUGGAUUGGAAUUCUGAUCUUCCAGUCAAAGUGAAUGUUCCCAAAGUGCAGAUCCAUAGCCUUGUGCUUGAUUGUGGAGCUAUAUCUUUCCUGGAUAUUGUUGGAGUGAGGUCAUUACGAGUGAUUGUUAAAGAAUUCAAAAGAAUUGAUGUGAAUGUGUACUUUGCAUCACUUCAAGAUCAUGUGAUAGAGAAGCUGGAGCAAUGUGGUUUCUUUGAUGAUCACAUUAGAAAGGACACAUUCUUUUUGACUGUUCAUGAUGCCAUUCUCUACCUACAGAACCAGGUUAAAUCCCCAGAGAGUCAAGAUUCUAUUUUAGAAACGAUCACUCUCAUUCAAGACUGUAAAGAACCUCCUGAAUUAAUGGAAGUGAAGCUGACAGAAGAAGAACUUGAUGUCCAGGAUGAGGCUAUGCGUAGUCUUGCUUCCUGAAAGUGGGCUCAGGAGGCCACUAGAAGCAUAGACGGCAAGACAAAAUUUACCCACCAGUGUCAUUCUAUGCGAACAUUUUCUGCAUUGACUAGUUCUUCAGACUUGAAACACUCAUUCUUUUUCUAUUAUAUAUUUUAACUUUGUUUUUUAACCUUUUAGCCAUUGAAAGAGAAGCACUAAAUCGUUCCUAGGCUUUAUCUAUAUAAUAGAUUACUUCUAAAAUGUACAAAAUGGGGAGGAGAGUUAUGCAGGCAAUUUGGCAAUGCCCAGGAUGUGGUAUGCUGCUGAUUCCCCAAGACAGGUUUGCUAACAAUGUUCAUGUGCAUACCAGCAUAUCUAGGUUCAGUUGAAAGAGCUACACAACAGCCCCCAUGGGUAGGUGUGUUAGGAAUGACUAAUCAUGAAGGAAAAUCAGUUUCGGACUGACCUUGAGAUCCAUGAACUGCAACCCCAGUUAAAGUCACAUUCAGUAAAUGCUUAAAUGUAAUUACAAUGCACUUAUUGAUAAGAAGCCUUCCAAAAUCAUUUUUAGAAAAUAAGGACAAGUAAAACUUAAUCAUGCAGUCUUAUUAUUUGUGACCAGAUGUAUAAAUAGAAUUUAGGUGCUCUCUCAUCUUGGAAGUGGUUUGCUUAAAACUACAGAACUGGGUUGAUACAUUGGGUUGUCAGUAACGUUCCGACAACCCAAUAUCUUGGAAAGGUUGAUGCAGAGAAGUGAGUACAAAGAAUAUUUUCAUGGUUUACAGAAUAAUUUUUCAAUGAUUGUGAUCCAGUCAUGGAUCACAAUUAAGAUCAAACAAAGUAUAUGAAAGACUAUCUUUUUUCUUUGUUUUCUUUUUAUGAUAAACUAACUUUAGUUCAGGG